AUAAUAUAUAAAUAUAUAUAAAAUAAAUAAUAAAAUUUUGUAAAAUAUGGCAAAACAAAUAAAAAUGGUACUAAUAGAUCUUAGUGGUACUCUUCAUAUUGAUAAUACAGUGAUUCCAGGUGCAGUGGAAGCUUUAAACAGGCUUCGAAAUGCUAAUAUACCGUACAAAUUUGUCACAAAUACAAGUAAAGAAUCUAGCAACUUACUAUAUAAUCGAUUAACAAAAUUAGGUUUUACUGUUAAAAAGGAAGAAAUUUUUAGUAGUUUAAUUGCAACAAGAAAACUGAUCAUUUCGAAAAAAUUAAAUCCAAUGUUAUUGAUUGAUCCUCAUGCUAAUGAAGAUUUUGAAGAUUUGGUAAAAACAAAUGAAACAAUGAAUGCUGUAGUAAUUGGAUUGGCACCGGAUAAAUUUCAUUACGAAGAAUUGACAAAAGCAUUCAGGUUACUAUUAGAUGGUGCAUCUCUCAUAGCAAUUCAAAAAGCUCGAUAUUAUAAAAGAUCAGAUGGUUUAGCUUUAGGACCAGGGUGUUUUGUUGCUGGUUUAGAAUAUUCUGCUAAUGUAAAGGCGGAAGUCAUUGGAAAACCUACUGCAGAGUUUUUUAAAGCUGCUUUAGGAAACGUAUCUCCCGAAGAAGCAAUUAUGAUCGGCGAUGAUGUUAAAGAUGAUGUAGCUGGUGCCCAAGCUAUCGGUAUAAGAGGAAUUCUAGUACAAACUGGAAAAUAUCGAGAUGGAGAUGAAAAUACAAUUACACCACUGCCUACAAAAGUAUGCAGCUCUUUUGUACAAGCUGUAGAAUAUAUUCUUAAAAAAGAAAUUUAAAUAUUAUGAUUUUGCAAUAAUAUAAUGUAUAUUAGUGCACAUGUACAUUUAUAUAAGUUAUUCUGUAUUAAAUUAUAUUUUAUUCAAA